GGGUGCUGGGGAGGGGUCUGCGUCUCGGCGCUCAGCCGCCUCCUGUGGGGUGUCCCGCGAUUCCCCCCUUGCUCCUCGCCCCUCCUUCCUCACCCCACCCCCGUCCCCUGGCCUAAGCCCGACACCCCCACUUCAAGGACCCCAGCACUCGCCCUCCGUUCCCUGGCGGUGUCCGCCCCGCCCAGCGCUGCCUUCCUGAACCCGCAGCACCAGCCCCGUCCCACGGUUGCAGCUCGGGCGGUCCCAGUGACCUUGCACUUUUGCGGAUCUGGACGCACCCCGCUCCGGCUUCUGACUCUAUAGAUCUCCGGUGACGGCUUUCGAACUUUGCUGACCCACAGCCGACACUGAGAAAUGCCUUUUACGCGUGUACACUGCGCCUGUGGGUCUGGAUGACUGAAGCACAAGUUUAAAGGGAGACGCUUGUUUAAGCUCACAUGACGCAGCUGGAUCUGUUCGGAUUCAAUUCCGUUCCAUUCUCUUCCACCCGGUUCCAAAAGGCCGCGGCUAACCCAUGGAGCCUGCACAUAACGGGUCUGACGUAGUUGAAACCCUCGCUCGAAACCCUGCCCGUUGUUCCCUUUAUUCCUUGUCCUGGGAGGAAACUGAACUUCCAUAGUCAGAUAAUCAUGUGCGAACUCCAAUUCCGAAGAAACGGCUUAUUUUUAUUUUCAUAUUUCUGCUUUCCAGGGUCAAUAUGAUUUCCAGGGCUUGAUCUAGAUUUUCUCGUGUGAUUCUAUCAUGUUUCUCUUAUUCCUCUCCCAAAUGCUACUGGCGGCACGUGUGGAAGGAACAAGGCUGAGGUUGGGACUACAUUGUGGAGCGUUUAUGACACCCAGCUGAUGAUGCACUAAAGCUGGAGAUGGAGAUGAUUUAACUGGGGAGAGACAGGCUGAAAGUUAAGCUUUAGGAAGAGUGGCCUGUCAGCACCCUAUAGGGAGAAUUGGAGUGGCUGCUUGCCAGAGCUGGCAAGAUCGUUCAGAGGCUUUGGCUUGGGCUAAAGAGGUUGUGGUGAAACCAGCCCAGAGAAGUUACGGGAUUUUCCCCCGGAGUCUCCUGCCCAGCAAGCCAGCGCCGUGACCCAGGUGUGGGAGAUGAUGGUGGCGUCUCUCACUCACGUGUAAAGGACGGAACCGCUGAACUCCAGGUUGCUUGCCUGGGAGUAGGAGAAAUCUACCUGCUGGGGGCUGAGUGUGGCCUGAGGGACAGGCCGUGGGUCCCGGGAUGCCCCUGCCUGAGCCCAGCGAGCAGGAGGGUGAGAGUGUGAAGGCUGGCCAGGAGCCAUGCCCCGAGCCAGCCACGGAUGUCGUCCCAGCAGCCCCCAGGAAGCCCAGGAAGUUCUCCAAACUGGUCCUGCUCACAGCCUCCAACCAAGAUGAGGAUGGGGUGGGCUCCAAGCCCCAGGAAGUGCACUGCGUCCUUUCCCUGGAGAUGGCUGGCCCUGCCACCCUCGCCAGUACCUUGGAGAUCCUGCCAGUCGAGGAGCAGGGAAGGGUGGCCCAGCCAGCCCUGCAGAUGCCUGAACAGAAGUGCAGCAAGCUGGACACAGCAUCCCCUCAGUCCCUGGAGUUCCUGAGGACACCAUUCGGGGGCCGCCUCCUGGUGCUGGAGUCCUUCCUGUACAAGCAGGAGAAGGCUGUGGGGGACAAGGUGUACUGGAAGUGCCGCCAGCAUGCUGAGCUGGGCUGCCGGGGCCGGGCCAUCACCCGAGGCCUGCGGGCCACAGUGAUGCGGGGCCACUGCCAUGUGCCCGAUGAGCAAGGCCUGGAGGCCCGACGCCAGAGAGAGAAGCUGCCCAGCCUGGCCCUGCCAGAGGGCUUGGGAGAGCCCCAGGAUCCUGAGGGCCCUGGAGGCCCAGUGGAGGAGCCACUGGAGGGGGUGGGCCCGUGGCAGUGUCCUGAGGAGCCAGAGCCAGAGCCAGAGCCCACUCCUGGGCUGGUGCUGAGCAAGCCAGCCCCGGAGGAGGAUGAGGGACCCCGAGCCCUGUCACUGCUGAGCCUGCCGCCCAAGAAGCGUUCGAUCCUGGGGCUGGGACAGGCCCAGCCCCUCGAGUUCCUGAGGACGUGCUACGGGGGCAGCUUCCUGGUACAUGAGUCGUUCCUCUACAAGCGGGAGAAGGCUGUCGCGGACAAGGUGUAUUGGACCUGCCGGGACCACGCACUGCACAGCUGCCGGAGCCGGGCCAUCACCCAGGGACAGCGGGUGACCGUGAUGCGUGGCCACUGCCACCCUCCCGAUGUGGAGGGCCUGGAAGCCCGGCGGCAGCAGGAGAAGGCCACGGAGACACUGCAGGCUGGGCAGGACGGCCCUGGGAGCCAAGUGGACACGCUGCUCCGAGGUGUGGAUAGUCUGCUGUACCACAGGGGUCCUGGUCCCCUGACUCUCACCACGCCGCGGCCCAGAAAGCGAGCGAAGGUCGAAGACCAGGAGCUGCCAACCCAGCCGCAAGCCCCGGAAGGAUCCCCGGACGAGGACCAGGAUGUGGAUGCAGACCCUGGAGGCCCUGAGUUCCUGAAGACGCCCCUGGGGGGCAGCUUCCUCGUGUACGAGUCCUUCCUCUACCGGCGGGAGAAGGCAGCCGGGGAGAAAGUGUAUUGGACCUGCCGAGACCAGGCCCGCAUGGGUUGCCGCAGCCGCGCCAUCACCCAGGGCCGACGGGUGACUGUGAUGCGUGGCCACUGCCACCCACCCGACCUGGGGGGCCUGGAGGCCCUGAGGCAGCGGGAGAAACGCCCCAACAUGGCGCAGCGGGGGAGCCCAGGAGGCCCAGAGUUCUUGAAGACGCCCCUGGGGGGCAGCUUCUUGGUGUACGAGUCCUUCCUCUACCGGCGGGAGAAGGCAGCCGGGGAGAAGGUGUAUUGGACCUGCCGGGACCAGGCCCGCAUGGGCUGCCGCAGCCGCGCCAUCACCCAGGGCCGGCGGGUCAUGGUCAUGCGCAGACACUGCCACCCACCCGACCUGGGUGGCCUGGAGGCCCUGCGGCAGCGGGAGCACUUCCCCAACCUGGCACAGUGGGACAGUCCAGAACCCCUCCGACCCCUGGAGUUCCUGAGGACUUCCCUGGGGGGCAGGUUCCUGGUGCACGAGUCCUUCCUCUAUAGGAAGGAGAAGGCGGCCGGGGAGAAGGUGUACUGGAUGUGCCGGGACCAGGCUCGGCUGGGCUGCCGCAGCCGCGCCAUCACCCAGGGCCACCGCGUCAUGGUCAUGCGCAGCCACUGCCACCAGCCCGACCUGGCAGGCCUGGAGGCCUUGAGGCGAAAGGAGCGGCUCCCCAGCACGGCCCAGCAGGAGGAUCCAGAAAAGAUUCAAGUUCAGCUGUGUUUCAAGACGUGUCCUCCCGAAAGCCAGCCGAUGUAUGGGGACAUCAAAGACGUCAGACUGGACGGCGAGUCCCAGUGAGCUGAUACUGGCAGAGGAGCUCUGAGCCGCCCACCUGAGGUGGCUUCCCAUCCAUACGGGUGCUUCCCAGACACUUCGGUUUGCUUGGCAGAAACUUCUUUUCAUUCUUCCAAAGCAUCGAUGGUCUUCGCAUCUUCUCAGGGUGUCCCCUGGGAGGAAUUCUUGGAUGGUGUCCUUGUGUCGGCGGAGAACAGUGUUCAGAGCUGGCGCUUGCAGACUCGGGUGUCGUGGGGCAAGGCGGUGGCACCUUCCUGACCUUUGAAGGUGGUGACACAGUUGCUUGGACACGGACGCCCCUGCUCUCCGGCCACAGCACCCCUGGGUUUGCAGAGCAAGCAGCCUUCCUAGGGCUUUCCACCUGGCGAGGCCGCGCUCUGCUCAGCAACGUGAAUGCCUGGGCAGCAGAGGCGCCUCCCCUUCUGUCAGGAAGCUGCACAGCGCGGCUUCAGCAGUCAGAGGGAGCAGUCCGGAGAAGCAAGAUGACCCCACCGGGACUGCAGAGCCUCCUGCUUACUAACAAGGACCCGUCCUCAGCCGCGAGGUCCCUCACUCCCACCCUGUAAUUGUGGGGGGAGUGCCAGCAAUAGGUCUGUCCCCUGGCAGGUUGGCCACGGAGCCCACCAUCCAUUGCAAGGCUGUGACAGCCCGGGCACCCCCGCUUCUCCUCUGCUUGUACGGUUCCCCCAAUAAAUCCUAUUUUCCAUC